UUGAUAACGAGGUGUCUUUCGGCCGGCGAUAUCCUUAGUUAGAACAUCAUCAGGUUGCAAGAAGAGAGUUAAACAUAUUUAUCAAAAAAUACGACGUAAUACCAGGAUCGCCCGUACUCACGACUAGUUUACAAAAUGGUUGUAGAGAACCCGAUCAUAAGUAAACUGGAAGACAUCGCUGAUCAGGUUUUACGGCAUAGCAAGCAUGUUUUGCCCCACAUAGCACGCCUGUGCCUCAUCGCCACAUUUCUCGAGGAUGGCGUUCGGAUGUGGUUUCAGUGGAAUGAGCAAGCUGACUACAUGGAUGCGACUUGGGGAUGGGGAAGGCUCGUUUCUAACUUGUUUGUCAUUGUCAAUAUGAUAGGACAACUCGGCGGGUGUGCGAUGGUUUUAGCAAGAAUCAAGGUUCCAAUUGCAUGUGCUAUACUUGGAAGUGUCAUAAUGAUACAGACCAUCGCUUACAACAUUUUAUGGGAAGGAACAUUCUUGCUUAGGAGCCUUGCAUUAGGUGGAGGUCUGUUGCUUCUGUGGGCCGAAUGCCAGACCGAAGCCAAGAGCCUAUUUGCCGGUGUGCCAUCUCUCGACCAGAAGACACCAAAGACCUACAUGCAGCUUGCUGGCCGCAUUCUGCUUGUCUUCAUGUUCCUGACGCUGCUGCGUUUCGAGUUGUCACCUCUGCAAAUUAUCCAGAACCUCUUCAGUACUUCACUCAUGCUCAUGGUUGCUGUUGGCUACAAGACGAAGUUAUCUGCCCUUGUUCUCGUCAUAUACCUCUUUAUGUUUAACCUCUGGUAUAACGCCUGGUGGAAUAUCCCCGACUAUCGACCAAUGAGAGACUUUGUUAAGUAUGACUUCUUCCAGACCAUGUCUGUUAUUGGUGGGUUGCUGCUGGUCGUAGCUUUGGGACCAGGUGGUGUGAGUAUGGAUGAACACAAGAAGAAGUGGUAGAUUUGUUUAGGUGUCUCCCUCUGAUGUAAUGCCCUCUGAUGACUGGACACUGGUGUAAGGAGGCUUAAAUUUUAUCCUGACAUAAUCUUGUUAUUUAGGUGUAGGUGAAUGCAAUUGAUGAAUUUAAGAUGAAGAAAUUUUACUCCUGUUUCAUUAUGUAAGACUACACAAUAGAACAACUGUCUUUAAAGUUAGCAAUAGUAGUCUAACCAAUACAGGAAUAACCUAUGUUGUUUGCUCUGGAUAUUAGGGAAAAAUGAUCUUUGUGUUUUCUUCCUUUACUCUUUUAUAUUUACACUAAGCCUGCACUAAUGUAUUGUCUACAGUUAUUUUAACUUUUUCUAAUUUUAACAACUGCGUUAUGUAAUAAGGAACACGCUUAGAUCUGUCGCCCUAUUAGUCAUAAACCAUACUCAACAGGGUUAUAUACUGUGUCAUAGAAAUGGCUGUGGACCAAUCUAUGAUGAAUUAUUACUGAGAUCUUGUUUUCUUGAACUUAGAGUAGCUACACAAUUAAUGUAAGAUCAGACGCUAUUAUAUGUAAUAAAUGUAAGACGUCUUAUUCCUGACUUUAAUUAGUGGCAAUUAUGAAUGGGAAAAACUGGGGAAACUCUUUGAGUACGUAAAGCUGAAUGCCUAAAGUAAUAUUAAGCACACUGUUAGAAUUUGCUAAAUAUAGUGUUUGGUAUGUUGUCAGUGUAUUGGUAAAUUGUAUUAUGGAUAUAAAUUCCCACACAAGUGUCUUUGAGGCCACAAGUUCACAUAUAUUGUUGUUGUAAAGCUAGAGAUUAGGAUGUGUAACACUGCGAGCAUAUUGUACAUGUGAAGCACAUUGAAGUUUAGGUAACCUUUGAAAGUUCGCUUGUAUUAUGAAGUUCGCAUAUAACCGUUGUUUCUGUUAUGUUGACUUUCUUGCAGACAGACACUGGUUAAUUAACCAAGGUAUUUUUGUAUAGAUGUUGAAUGUUUGUAUAAAGGUUUUGGCAUGCCGUGGAGAAUGAAGUGUUAUUGAAAUGCAUAUAUAUAUAUAUGACAGUAACUAUGCCUAAAGUGAUUUGAAUCACAGUAAUUGAUUAAUUGUUGUAUAAUUUGAUAUUUAAGCCACAAACCAAAUGUGAAACUUGAUAUGAUGGUCUGUACUUCAAAGAAAUGAUUUAAACCAACUUGCACUUGAGUAAAGUGGCAUGGAACCAGAGAAUUAUUCCAACAGACUUUACCCCGUUUUACUACAGCGUUUGCUAGCCAACCCUUGGAAACCCGGUUUAUAAAUUAUUGAAUGGUUAAAUCAGUCGUUAUCUAAUUAGAAUUUGCUUUAGUAAGUAUUUAAAUGAAAUCAAAUGAACAGAUAUAUAUCAAAUUCAAUAUAAUACUAUUGGCAGUGGCAGUAGUGAGAAGUUGGUGUGUGCCACGUAACCAUGCAAGAGGUGUGAUGUGCACUUGACUUUAGUCAUUGGCUUCUUUCUAUUCUGUGAUGCUUUCAAUUCAUUCCCACCUUGUGUUUGAUCAAUGUUCUAAUUACGAAUUGUUUAAAAAAAAUCUAGCACUGUUCUCUGCAGCUGUGUGUAUGUGUGUGUGUAUUUACAAGUUUAACUGGUAACGGUUUUUCCCGAUUAUUUGAUCGUAUCUUUUGGUUUUAUUUAAAUAAUAAUAUAUAGAAAAUAAUUUAACCUUCCUAACAUUAACUUUAACGCAAACUAUUAUGUUGUGCUUUUUAUUCUUAACUUGAACUUGAUCACUGUAGUGUUCUCAUAUAUUCUAUCGGCUGCUGAAUUUCUCGCGCAGUCUCGUAACAAGUGUCAAUUGUGGGAAUUACUAAAUUAUGUUCAAUGAAUCACACGAAUAAAUUAUGAAAUAAUACUGGUUUUACGAAAUUGGUGAGCAGUAA